AUUCAAACUCAUACCACAAAUAUAUUAUAAUACGUAUACUAAUAGUUCUAAAAAUAGUAUUUAGGUCAGGUUGUAUAACAUAUGGCGGGUUUUGGACUAGCAAUUCUGUUCCUUUUACCAAUCGUGUUUAACAAUGAGAAUACUCAGAUAUAGUAAGAUUAUAAUGAUGCGUUACCGUCUUCGAUCGUAGUAAACCACAGCUAAAUCCACACCAAGCUCCGCAUCUAAUAAUUGCUAAUUAAAAAUUGGCAAUCCUACAUUAGAGAUUCUAUUAACUGUUCAAGCCUAAAGACGCCGUGUUAUAUAGAAGCUCUUUAGUGUAGUAUAGAAUAAGCGAUUGGAUGAACUUCUAAUUUCUUCAGUAGCGAUAUUAACACGUCGAUUAUAAGUUUUUUGACCUAAUUUGUACCGAGCUUGAGAUGCGAAUAUCUCAGACUAUUUGAAAAUAUAAUAAUGAGAACCUUAUGGAUGUAUGAAAAUAACGACGUUAUGAUCCUAAUAUUGGAAAGUGCAUCUAUAUCGGUACCUGUAAUUGACUCUAUCAAAUUAAGUUGCAAUUUUACAAGGGUAGUCGAUGAACUGAAUUUCUACGUGAAUUCCUUUUUGUAGUUGACAUGUUGGCAUUCAGUAGUUAGGAGCUCGUUUGCAAAGGUAUUACGGUCGGCUACAGGUUGUUUCCUAUGGCCUUCAAAUCGAGCUCUGCCCUUAACUACAUCAACUGUAAAAAAAUAUGUUGCAUCACAUUAUAGGCCAUAUCGAACGGACGAAAGCAUCCUUAAUCAUAUUGCGAAUCUACUAUCCUUAGUUGGCUUUAAUCCUCGUGUGGCAGCUCGGAUGAUCAAUGCGACGAUUGACUCUAACAUUGCCUGAAUGGCUAUCACGCAAACUAGGCGCGACCGCCAGCAAUUCACAACGGGCGCAAAUAGAAACAUAUCGAAUACAUCGAAGGUUACUGCAAAAAGAAAUGCUGGGACAUAUUCAAAGCGUCGGAAUCUACUGAAGCGACCUACCGGCAAACACAAUAGACGUUCGCUGAUUGACGGUGAGGAAAAGGCCGCUGACAAUGUGCUGCCUACAAAAAAUGCUAAGGAAAUGCCAGGACAAACUGAUGCAAGGUCGAGGCAAUUGGAGAACGAAAAAGCGGAAGAUGCGAAACACACCAAAGUCCGAACCCAAAAUAAUGGUAAAAAAGUAUCACUUGUAACCAACGCUAGAUUAAAAGAAAUUUACGAUGAAAGUGAGGAACUUGUUGAGCCGGAUCGGAGUCCUAUAAAAGCCAAACUGCUGUGUUCGCAUGCCAACUUAGCGGACGCAAUUGUAAAUAAGGCUGCCCAAAGUUCCAAAGGUCGUACUGAAGGAGCUACAUCUUCAACGAUAGACAGCAAAAUAGAUCAUGAGCCUAUUCAUGCUCAGAUCAUAACCACCAAAGUAGAUAAUGGUAAAACAUCAGACUGCGAUCUGAGCAAAUCGAAUCACGAAACUGCGAAAAAUCAUGCGGAAGCGGGCAUCUGGCCUGAGGAGGAACUACCUCCAUCAGAAGAUACAGCUAAACUAGCAACGAUACGCAGCGUAGCUCCGUCAAAAAAGGUGGUCCAAUCUCGCACAAAUGGAACCAAGCGGAGGAACUCUGCUAGGUCCAUUUUGACGAACAGAUACGGAACGAGAAAUGCUAGAAAACGCAUAGAUCAACAAGCACCGCCUGUUGUUGUUAUUACUGAUACAGACGAGGACUCCGAUAGUCAUCAAGAGAUAAUCUCCAAAACUGCUUCAGAAAACGACGCUAGUAUUGGGUCGAGUGAAAACUCCGCACCUAAGGGACGGACGAAGAUGAUACCGAAACCGAAGAGCUCUUACGGUGACAGAUUUUCAGCCUAUUCGCCUGAAGUGACUGAAGCAUCAGAGCUAACUGAAAUGGACGCGCAUAUAAAUGAUGCGAGGACAGCAGCUAAGAGCGCAUCGACCUUUUUAAUAGAAGAGCCAGAUACUGCUAACGGUGAAGCCAAUCGCGCACCUUCAAGACAAUUCGGCUUACGUGCAUCAGUGGUCCAAGCUUCGCGUAGUGGUAGCGUCGAAGAGGCUGGGACUAGUGAUAUUGAGUCGAAGAACCCAGAAGAGAGUCAAAGACCUGGCAGGGCAGCAGAUGUCUCAAAGGGAGCUCCUCCAAAGAGCUUCUACGGUAACAAGGCCUCAUCAGAUCGCCUCUCACCUGAUGCUGUUCAGGAGCGACUUCGUGCAUUAUCAUUUACUGGUCGGAAAAGCUUCAUUCCCACGCCAGCUAGUGAGCGAGUGCUGGCAAAAGGUCGCAAAGUAAAAAAAUACGUGGGUACUAAAGCGAGAAAGACGGCUCCAGCUAAAACAGCCCCGCUGAAGAAACUGCCAAAAAAGGUGAUUAAAUCAAGUGGAUGUUGUAGGAAAACUAGGCGCACAUCCAACGAAGUUCGAGAUAUGCCGACGUCAAUCAUUUCGCUAAGAUCAGAAUCUCGACAAAGGCACACCAGAAAUAGGUUUUUUAAGCAUCACCACCCGGUGUCGAACGUCAAGGUUUAUUAUCAAGGAGGAAUUCUUAAGGUAGCACCGCACGUUCCCCUUGCCACAUGUAAAGGACCUAUUGACUUCGACUAUAAAGAGGAUAAUAUUUCGCAUGUGGCUGAAGAGGGUGGCAAAUGCGACAAUUUCGGCCUAGAAAGUGUCGACGAUUUGGAACGCUCGGGAGUCGUGUCUAGGGCAAGUCUUUCCAGAGACGGUCUGCGUAAACGAAAAGCUCCGAUUCUAGAAAAUACGAAAGUUAAGCGUAAAAGACCAUCAUUGUGGCGCUACGAGGAUAAGAGAUCGCCUGUCAAAAGGAUUCCGGCUGGGCUUACGCUGAAACAGUAUGAAGACGCUUUGCUCAGGGAGGAAUUUAACUUUCCCAGUGUCUGGGUACGUCUCGAGAGAUUACCGGAAACCAAACCCCAACGUAAGCGAAGGCCGGCUAUUGUUCCCAAGCGGCUUUCGAUGGAAAUGAAUUUAUCUAAUCAGUGUCCAAUGGAAAAGCUUGUUCCUAUAAUUGUACUUCGACGAGUCGACUCACCUAGUAAACCUGUACAGCACUACACGGUGGGUGAACCAUGUAGCCCACUGAAGCCUAACGAAGAACGUCACGAACUUAUUGAAGAAGGCGCACCAAUGGAUGAUGAUACCGUCCGUGCAAGUUCUUCAAUGGCGGGUUUUGCACCAGCCUCGCCCUGCCUUUCGCCUUCACCGGAAGGUUUCCAAUUCCAGACGCAUUCAAGUCCGCAACAAACCUCAACGCCUUACCUAACUAAGCAAACAGCUGUGCCUAUACCAUCUGUGGAAAAGCCCCCAUCACGACCAAGAGUCGUGCCUAAACAAUACAAUCCUGCAGACGAUGCUUUUGGUUUUGAUAAUAUUGACACGCCACCUAGAUAUCGUGUGAGAAAAAUGGUCGAAUCGUUGUUUGUAGUAAAUUCCCCUGAAAAGAGACCCAAGGAGUUGACUCCGAAAGUGGCGAAAAUCAGUCAACCUACGAUCAAUGCCGUUUUACAGAGAAGGUUGACGGGUUCAGCGCGAACUCCAGCAAAAAACGAUACUGCAACUGUUCUAAGUCCUUUCUGUCGGCAGUUAAAUCCUCAAAUGACGUCGACACCCUUUGAGCCUACUGAAAGUGUCAAAGGCAAACGUGCAUGCAACUUUUAUAGUAAAUCUUCCUCAAUUUUUGAAGAACCGCCAGCAGUUGCGUCACAGAAAGAGAAAAAUGGCUUCACUGGCUUCAAGCGGCUGCUUGAUCGAUUAGGUAAACGGCAGCUGCAGAUCGACGCAGGACAAGAAAGGUUUGGCGCAAAGACAUGUACACGCUGUGGAAUGAUCUUCUCUCAAGGCGAGGCUGACGAUGAGAAACAACACGAGAGGUUCCACAAACAGAUGCUUAGUGCAGUGCGUUUUAAGGACUGGAAGAACAUCUACGUCGUGGACAUCGUACCUGAGUUGGGAACCGUGUAUUUAAUGAGUCCACAGGACGCCAAGUCAGUAAGAGAUAAGGUGGAAAAGGUAAUGAAGUUUGCUAACCACUCGAUUGGUUUCGAUUGGGAGUACAUCAAGGUUGACCCAGUCAAUCACCCAGAUCGGAGGUAUGCGGUAUUUGGGACUAAUUCAGGCAAAUUGGCCUCGAUAGUUGUCAUCGAACCCUGGACGAAGGCGAUUCGCACGCUUCCUGGGGAUGAGCUCUUGGUGGAGAAUGGUACCGUGUUCAAUGUGAGUUAUUCUGUUAUAUUCGCUUGGACUUUUCCCCCGUAUCGGCGAAGGGGUUUGGCGUCAAGGCUAUUAUUUCAUUUGCGGGUGCAGCUUGCCGGACCAGGUGAAGAGCCCAUAGGCUUCAAUCAGAUCGCUUUCUCUGACCCGUCACCCGACCUACACAGGAAGCGUAGGACUUUCGUGCCUCGCCAGAGUGAUUCAAAUGCUGAAAACAUCGUAACAAACUAUUAACCUGACAGACGCUGCACCUUCAGUAGACCUCAAUUGGUGAUAAACUUCUGUCAAAUCGACUGCUUUUCUAUUGGCAGUAAUACAGAACGAUAUAUCGUGCAGU